GGUCGAAGAGAACGGCUUGGAGAAUCCGCAAGAGAAAGAAGAAGGAGAAGAGAAGAAACCGCAUCAAUCAGGUUCCGAAGAGAAAAGGUUGGAGAUGGAAACUCAAACUCUGAGUGAUGUGGGAUGGUUCAUUCUCGGUGAAAAUCAACAACACCUUGGGCCCUACGCAUUCUCAGAGCUGCGCGAGCACUUGUUAAAUGGCUACCUCACCCACACUACGCUGGUCUGGUCUCAAGGAAGAAGCGAAUGGCAGCCACUCUCCUCCAUUCCUGAUUUGGUCUCCCAAAUUACUCCACAAAUUCCAGUGCCCCCCAGUGACAACGAUGAUGACUUUGAAAAAUGGCAGAAGCAGAUUACGGAGGCAGAACAAGCAGAUAGUGAUAGACCUUCCACACCACCGGAGGGCGAGGAAGAGUUCAUUGACGAUGAUGGCACUCAGUAUAAGUGGGAUCGGGGUCUUAGGGCUUGGGUUCCUGAGGAUAGCAUGUUUGGGGUAGAGGAUAUGACUUUCUUGCAAGAAGAGGAAGUCUUUACGAAUGUGAAACUUUCUAAUGACUCUUCAAGGGAGGAAGUUAAUGCAACCGGAAAUUUUUCUGAUCCUCCUAAAGAGAAAGACACGAAUGUUAACCGUGAGGUAGAAGAAGGGAUUCCAAAUUCAAAGAGAAAACUAUCGGAUGUGGAAGAUGUCAAAAAGGAAGCUAAUAAACCUCCUGAUAGUUGGUUUGAGCUAAAGGUCAAUUCACACGUUUAUGUGACUGGAUUACCUGAUGAUGUUACAGUUGACGAAGUGGUAGAGGUGUUUUCAAAGUGUGGGAUAAUAAAAGAGGAUCCUGAAUCAAAAAAGCCUCGUGUGAAGUUGUAUACUGAUAAAGCGACUGGAAAGAUAAAGGGAGAUGCACUUGUUACAUAUCUGAAGGAGCCCUCAGUUGAUUUAGCUCUCAAAAUUUUGGACGGAACACCUCUGCGUCUUGGUGGCAAGGUUCUCAUGUCAGUCAGCCGAGCUAAGUUUGAGCAGAAAGGGGAUAGAUUUAUUGCCAAACAAGCAGACAACAAGAGGAAAAAAAAAUUGAAGAAGGUGGAAGAGAAGAUGCUUGGCUGGGGUGGUCGUGAUGAUGCAAAACUGUUGAUUCCAACUACUGUUCUUCUUCGUUAUAUGUUCACAACUGCUGAAAUGAGGGCAGAUGAAAACUUAUGUACAGAGUUGCAGGCAGAUGUUGAAGAGGAAUGUCAGAAGCUUGGUCCCGUGGACUCAGUCAAGGUUUGUGAGAAUCAUCCUGAAGGUGUUGUUUUGGUAAGAUUUAAAGAUAGGAAGGAUGCUCAAAAGUGCAUAGAAUUGAUGAAUGGAAGAUGGUUUGGUGGUAGGCAGAUACAUGCAAGUGAGGAUGAUGGUUUAAUUAACCAUGCUUUGGUCAGGAAUCUAGACGAUGAUGCUGAACGUUUAGAGCAGUUUGCUUCUGAACUUGAUGUAUGAACGAGUUUUGUUUCAGUCUUGUAGUUAUGCUAGUCAUACAUCUGGAUUAUGUUGUAAAAAAGUUCAACAUCCGAGGGUCUUUGGUCAUGUUGUUAAUUAGGGACUGUUAAUUUCCUGGGGUUCAACAUUUGAAAAGCCAUAGAUGAAGUACUACUAUAGUCAGCUAAUGUAAAUUCUGGCUGUGGUCAAUAUACAAGUUAACAAUUUGCGUAAUUUUGAUAUUUUCUUCAUCCUUUU